UUGCCCUCACAACGAGUAAACGUGAUGGUGGUGGCGGCGGUGGUGGUGGUGGUGGUGCGUGCUUAUGUGCAUGUUUCUGCGUCAAUGUGUCAAGCGUGAAACUGUCCGUGGCUGCGUUGCGUUUCCCUGUGCGUCUUCAUUUCCCAUGGUUCUCUUUUUCCCUUUCACUUUCGCUCUCGUCAGCCACCAUGAAGCAAGGACGCGACUGUCACCCGUGCGUAGACAGCUGUGGUAGAUAUGUGAGAGGAGUGCUGCGAGGGAUGGUGACGUUGCGCGUGGCGUUGGUGCGGGGCUCCUUGGUGCUCAACGCUGUGCUGGUGCUGUACCUGUGCCUCACAUGGAUCUCCACCACGCCUAACCAGCACUCGCCCUCCGCAAGGGACGUCAUCGACCUCUCUACCCCUGCCGCCCUCCAGUCCAUUCACAAUGGCAUCAGUGUCCUCGAGAGCUUCAAUAUUGGAAAACCUGAAGCUGAACCAUUAAUGGUACCCUCCAACCCCCUGAACCAACCCCCCAGUGCCAUGCAGGGAGAUGAGGGCAUGAAGGACGUGUCUCUGGGCGGCAGGAGAACACUAGGACAGCUUCCUGAACAGGCGGGGGCAGUGAACGGUGGUAUAAAUGGAGAAGCAGGGGCCGCGGAACAGGAGGAGCCACCCCGGGAGGUGCAGGAGAGUGUGGGGGUCACAGAGCAGCUGGUGGAGCCCCUGCCGAUGGACCCUCCUGACCCGCCGCUGGACUCCCUAGAGCGCAAAAUGUACCCAGACCUGAGGGAGUGCACCACGAGGCCGCUGCGACCCUUCUACCAGCAGCGGGGCGACUACUGGGUCUUGGAGAACUACCUGCCGGCGGUGAUGUCGUUCCGGUGUGACGAGUCCAUUACAUAUACCACCCACGGCGACUACACUUUCCUCGAUAACCUGGAACCUCUCACGUCCCGCUGGCAGGGCCCCGUGAGUGUGGCCGUGUACGCUCCUGGCGAUGACUUCAACGCUACGGUCAACACCAUCCUGUACCUUCGUGAUUGCUGGGCCGAGGGUAUCAAGAAAUACGUCACCUUCCACCUCUUCUUCCACGUCACCCACACGCCCAAGAAGGUGAGGUGGAUUUCAAGGUCACAUCCCGUCCACGGAGGAGGCUGCUCAAGAGGAAGACGGACUGUGGGCAGGAGCCGCCUCGCUGGGACCAACGUCACCACUUACAGGCAGCAGAAGAAGCUCUUGUACCCCGUGAAUGUGGCGAGGAACACCGCCAGGCAGGCAGUGCAGACCUACUUCGUGUUCCCCUCAGACGUGGAGCUGUACCCAUCCAUCAACUUCAUCCCUGAGUUCUUCCGCAUGCUGAAGCGUCCGGAUACUUCCAACACAACCAAUCCUCGGGUGUUCGUUUUCUCUAUUUUCGAGGUGCAAGAAAAUGUUGCUGUGCCCGAGACGAAGGAGGAACUGCUCAAAAUGCUGGACAAGAAGGAGGCGAUUCCAUUCCACAAGUUCGUGUGUCCCAAGUGUCACAAUGUCCCCAUGUCCAAAGAAUGGCUCAAAGGCCCCGUUAAACCUGGGCUGAGUGUCUUCCACGUGGGCAAGCGGCAGCCACCUUACCAUAAGUGGGAACCAAUAUACGUGGGCACCAACAAAGAACCCCUGUACGAUGAGCGGCUCUCCUGGGAGGGCAAGAGUGAUAAGAUGACCCAGAUGUAUAUCCUGUGCGUGCGUGACUAUGAGUUUCACAUACUGGACAACGCCUUCUUGGUGCACCGGCCGGGGAUCAAGAAGGUGCAUCGGGACCUCAUGCGCGACAAGGUGGUGGCCAAGCAGAACACCGCCAUCAGGAGCAAAAUUCUUCCAGAGUACAAGACAAUAUUUGGUGUUCGGAAGAGCUGUGUUAUAUGAUCCUCCGCCCCCUUUGGGUAUAGGCCUUAGGAAUCUAUUUAUGCAAUGAAUGAGUGAUUGUUAUUUUUUUAACUAGUAGUAUUAUGGAGCUCAAUUGAGGUUGGCAAAUGAAAGCCGGUGUUCAUUGACAUCCAGCAUUAUCGUCAAUCGGUAGUAUAGGCUUCAAAUGGUGAACUGUUUUAUAAUUUUUAGGAUACCCACUAAUACUGAGUGUUGUCAGUUAGUAUUUCUACAGUGCGUGAUAUAUUUUUUGUGUCAGCUGGCAGUUCCUUGGAGGAGAGCUACAGGUAAUGCAAUGUUCCUCUCCCGCUCUCAGACCAGGAAAAAAUUGAGUUGUUGGAGGCGCCGGCGCCCGGUUGUCAGAACGACUUAGUGCAAGGACACAGCCUCCUUUACUUGGCACUUCCUCGCACCUUGCAGCGCUCCUGGAAAAGCAAACGCGUGUAGCCUUGUCAGUCUACCUUAACGCCACACACACACACGCUGACUGCACUUAUUGUGUGGUGAGGAUCAGAUUGGGAACCGCUAUUGUGUUACUCGCUGAAGGCAACGAAAAAUGCAUAAAUCGUGGUAAAGAAAAGGAUGAGGUCGUGUUAUGUUGCGUCAGCAGACGAUUCAUAUGUCCAGUAAUACUGAACCGGUGUGUGUUUGUGUGUGUGUGUGUGUGUGUAGGAUUUCAAAAUAAUGAUACCGAAUAUGUGUAAGAGAGAGAGAGAGAGAGAGAGAGAGAGAGAGAGAGAGAGAGAGAGAGAGAGAGAGAGAGAGAGAGAGAGAGAGAGAGAGAGAGAGAUCACUUUAAUAAAAUAUAAUGUGUGAGCAGCUUUGAGUCUUGGAAAUUUUUGGAAUUUCGCGCCACCAGUCAGCGGGACAGGCGCCACACGUGUUUGCAAUGGUGGGGAGGCGAAGAGUGAACUAUUACAGCACACAGCAGCACUCCUUGCCUGCCUGAUCUGCUGGUGUGACACUCGUGCUGCAGUGCUGGGAAGAGUGCGGUGGAAUACUCAGGCCAAGCUGGAAGGGUAAUCCGUGUUUGUCACAUGAAGAAUCCUCAGUAAGCACGCUUGACAUUCGCGGUACAGCAGAGGGGCAGUGGGUAGUCGCUGGGGAGCGCGGGCAGCAAUGCAUUAGGAAUGAUGUCAUUCUGGCAGUCAUACUAAGCCGGACUCAUGUAUACCAAGUUAUCUUCACUGACAGAUUAUUUUCCUACUCUCUAAUUCAAUAGUUGCAUUUGUUCAGCUGGCGGGUGACCAAAGGGCGUGACUAGUUGCAAUUGUAUGUUGAUUUUGCACCUGAGCAAGGUUAAUUUUGUAGGCCACGAGUUCCUGUACGUGCCUUCCAAAUAAGUAAUACGAAUGCAACCCGAAGAAGACCAGCAAUUUAAUUUUUAAGUAAGCCGUUCUUUGAAACACGCAGCAACGUUUAUCAGUAUUUGGUACUUUGCGGGUAACACUCUGAGGGAGGUGUCCCCGGUGAGGGUGAGGUGUUGCUAGGGAGGCGGGAAGUGUAGCGGUGCACUGUCCGCUGACACGAGUUUACGUACUACAUUCCGUCCUUUAGUGCUUCAAAGCAUCUUGGGAUCAGUGUGUGUGUGUGUGUGUGUGUGUGUGUGUGUGAGAGAGGGAGAACUUGUACAUUAACGAUAAAAAAACAUUUAAGUGCCUUAUCUCACUUUGAAGCACGAACUCAGUGCCUUGAAUCACUAUGGCAGUCACAAGAAGAAAAUUUCCCGUUAGACGCGUGCACGAGUCUUUUGAAUGUGAGACAAGUGAGAAAGAGACGGCAGCUAGGAGCUCACGUUUCUAGUAGUUGCGUGUGACAUGUGGGAGGAGUGGCGGGCAAGGAUGGUUAAAAACUCGCUUCAUUCAGUAACAUGCCCCACUCGGCCCAUCUGUCAUAUACUAUAUAAGUGUGUGGGUUUAGAUUCACGCUUCUUUGUCUCAUGUUUAAAAGGAGCGCAUGUACGAACCCGUGUGUAACGUGAGUCUGUCUCUGGCUGUAUUACACCGCCACAGCCACGCGUGUGCUGGAGAGCACACUGUGCUCUCCAGUGUUGCACACUGUGUACCAGCACUGUGCCUUGGUGUGUCCAUAAUCCCAGGUGGUGGUCGUGCCUCAGAAAGCUUCCAGUUGACAUGCCUUUCAUCGUGCUAUGGAAAGGCAAGUAUUUUGUAAGCUAUUUAUUUAUAAGUGUUCAGUAGAAAUAUUCUUGGUAAUGUGAUGUUGGAAACCCCCAGUUUUUUUUUUUUUUUAUAUAUAUAUAUAUAUUUAUUUUUAUUUUUUUGUUUAUUUAUUUAUUUAUUUAUUUAUUUUAUUUAUUUUUUUCUAUUGGCUCAAUAAUGUUUGACUCAAUAAUGUGUGUCUUUAUGUGCUGUUUCAUGUCGUCCAGAUAUUGCAUUUAUGUAUGAAAGAAUCCUGCUUCUGACAGUUCACCCAGACAGUAAGAGAAAUAAAAGACAUCACAUGGCUUCCCCGAGAAUUGUCAUCCACACACAGGGUAUUCACGGAAUGAUUCAUGUGUUCCAUCGGUUAUACUUAAUUAUGAUUUGCGGAGCGCAACUUUCUUGCAAAAUAUUUUUUUUCCUAAUAUGUAUCUUAAUUUUUUGCUAAUUUUCUGUCCCUUUUUUUUAUUUCUUGUUUUUGGUGAUGAUGGGUAAAGAAUCUUUAAUUCUUUUAGAAAGGUAAUGCAUACAUGUUAACUAUUUUUCUCUCAGUUUUGUCUUUUGUCAUUUUCUUUUAGUUUUAAUGAUGGCGCCCUUCCGUGCGCGCAGUGUUGGCUCAAACACGUAGAAUUUCGUGUUAUUUACUCAUUUCAUUUUGAGCAGGUCUUGACUGAUGUGUGAGUUCACUUGUGUACAUCUUUACUUUCAUGUCGGUAAUUUUCUCUAAUAAAAUGGUAAAACAUC